AUGCCCAAUCAAAGGCACUCCUCUCAGUCAUUCUGCUUAGCACUACCCGGGAGAGCGGGAGCAGGCCAGCCUGGCCUCGGCAUCAGGGAGUGUCGCCUCUGCCCAUUGGCCCAGAGGCUGAUGAGCCAUGCCUCAUCCUGGAUAAAAGCUGGGACUGAGAGGAGCUCUCCCAAGCACUGCUCUGGCCUCCUUCUCCUUGCGAACAGGGGUCUGCCUUCUUGCAGAGCUCCAUCCCAUCACACCAAGAUGUCUUGCUACGACCUGUGCCCACCAAAAACCAGCGUCGCCGUGCCCCAGCCCAUCGCUGAGAGCUGCAACGAGCUGUGCGCGCGCCAGUGCCCCGACUCUACGGCCUUCAUCCAGCCACCGCCCGUCGUCGUCACCUUCCCCGGCCCCAUCCUCAGCUCCUUCCCCCAGCAAGCCGUGGUGGGCUCCUCCGGAGCACCCGCCUUUGGCGGCUCCCUGGGGCUGGGGGGCCUCUACGGUGCCGGGGCCACUCAGGGCUCGGGGGGCCUCUGCACCUUUGGCAGACCCUACGCUUCUCCUGCCUGCAGCCCCUGCGCCUUGCCCCGCUAUAGCAGGAAGCUCUGGGACACCUGUGGGCCCUGCUAA